AUCGUAAAAGUAAACCCUAAUUCUCAUAUCAUUUCAAACUCACAUAAACCCUCAAACUCGCAUAAACCCUCUCAACUCAAGCCUCCACCACCCUUACAAACCCUCAUCCCAUCGCCAACCUUGCUGCCGUCGCCGUCUAUUCUCAUCUCAUCGCCAACGUUGUUGUUUCCCCCUCGCUGCUGUUGCCGCCGCCGUUACUGCAGUCGCCGCCGCUGCCAUUGCCGUCGCCGCCGCUGCCAUUGCCGUCGCCCUUGCUGCAGCCGUCGUCGCCCUAGCUGCAGUCGCUCCACCCUUUUUGACAUCAUUGUUGCUGCUGCCGUUUCUCAGCCGCUGCUCUACGCACCAUAAAGGGUUGGGUUCCGCAUUCCCUUGGAUAUAUAGCUUGCAAGGAUCUUGACUUUUACUCAUUUCCAUUUCCACAUCUUGUUGGGUUUCUUCAUCAAAACCCAUUCGUUCCUCAUGUGGGCUCUACGUCGAGCUUCUAAUUCUCUCAAGUUCCAGGGGCUCCGUGUAGGAACUUCUCGAAUAUGUUGUGCGAAAUCAGAAAUGUUUUCUAGUCAUUUAGAAGGAAACGGUGCCGUUUCUAAGCCUCUUCAAAUAGCAUCUGAAAAAUGUCUAUUCUACCACUCGACAAAUGUCUGUUCAAAGUUCCAUAUAGAUAGACGCAGUCUUUCCUCAAAAGCUGGUUCAGAAAGCAGCAAAUCUGAAGAUGACUUGGAGGAUGGAUUUUCUGAACUUGAAACCCCAGCUAAUGCCAAUACAAUUGACGAGAGCAAUGCAGUUGGUGGAAAUGAAGAUGAGCUAUUUUCUGAACCUGAGCUCGAUGAUGAUGAUGGUGAUAGUGGGGCCAAAAAUGCACUGGAAUUAUCGGAUACUGAAGCUGGUUCAGGUAAGAAAACAACAGUGAGGAAACGAGUUCCAUCUGAACUGUUUAAGACCAUUAUUGCUGCUCCAAAUGUCCCUUUAAGUGUUGUUCUUAAUAAGUGGGUGGAAGAAGGAAAGACUUUGGGUCGGCCAGAGAUCUCACUGGCUAUGCUCAAUCUUCGUAAACGUCGAAUGUAUGGCAGGGCCCUGCAGCUCUCAGAGUGGUUGGAAGCCAAUAACCGACUUGACUUUGUUGAGAGAGAUUAUGCUUCUCGCUUAGACCUGAUUGCAAAGGUACGUGGCCUCCAGAAGGCAGAGAAUUAUAUUGAGAAGAUCCCUAAAUCAUUCAGAGAUGAAGUAAUCUACCGAACUUUGUUGGCCAACUGUGUAGCUAGUAACAAUGUGAAACAAGCUGAAGAAGUAUUCAACAAAAUGAAGGAUCUUGAAUUUCCAGUCACAACAUUUGCAUGUAACCAGCUUCUCCUCCUGUAUAAGAGGCUUGACAAGAAGAAGAUAGCUGAUGUAUUGUUGCUAAUGGAGAAAGAAAAUAUCAAGCCUUCACUCUUUACUUAUAAACUCUUAAUUGACACUAAAGGUCAGUCCAAUGAUUUAACAGGGAUGGAUCAAAUUGUAGAGACAAUGAAGGCUGAUGGGAUUGAACCUGACAUCAACAUUCGAGCGAUCUUAGCCAAGCAUUAUGCUUCAGGUGGCCUGAAAGAAAAAGCUGAGGCUAUUUUGAAAGAGAUGGAAGGAGGAAAUCUGGAAGAGCAUCGUUGGGCUUGUAGGCUUCUGCUUCCUCUUUAUGCUGCACUUGGAAAAGCUGAUGAAGUAGAGAGAGUUUGGAAAGUCUGCGAGUCAAGUCCCCAACUUGAGGAGUGUGUCGCAGUCAUUGAAGCUUGGGGAAAGCUGAAGAAAAUUGAUAAAGCUGAGGAGGUUUUUAAUAGGAUGCUGACAACAUGGAAGAAGCUCUCUUCACGGCAUUACUCUGCACUUUUAAAGGUUUAUGCAAGCCAUAAAAUGCUAGCCAACGGUAAAGAUCUGAUCAAGAAAAUGGCAGAUAGUGGGUGUCGAAUUGGCCCAUUGACUUGGGAUUCACUUGUUAAACUUUAUGUUGAAGCAGGGGAAGUUGAAAAAGCUGACUCUGUGUUGCACAAGGCAGCACAGCAGAACCAUAUGAAGCCAAUGUUCAGUUCUUACAUAGUUAUUAUGGAUCAGUAUGCAAAGAGGGGUGAUGUACAUAAUGCGGAAAAAAUGUUUCACAGGAUGAGACAAGCUGGUUACGUGGCUCGACUUAGGCAGUUCCAAGCUCUUGUCCAGACUUACAUAAAUGCCAAGGCUCCAGCCUAUGGGAUUAGGGAGAGGAUGAAGGCAGAUAAUAUAUUCCCUAACAAGGCAUUGGCUGCUCAACUGGCUCUGGUUGAUGCAUUUAGGAAAACAGCAGUAACGGAUUUGCUGGACUGAAGAUUUAGGUGGUUUUGAUGCAUGAGAUGCAAUCGUUGCCAAAUAUUUUAUAAAUGGACAGCCCUUGUCUAUUGUUAUUAUUAGUAGAUGAAGCCAUUUUGGUGCUAGUUUUGUUUCUUGAUGCUUGUAAGGAUGUUUAGGUUGUUAUCCUUUUGUGCUUCUGCAAUCUUUGGUCUCCAAAUGCUAUUUGUACUGAAGAGAAAAUGAUGCAUAUGUUAUUUCCGGGGUUUGAGGUUGCCCAUUGACA